AUGAAGUCCCAAAUUAUUCUAACUCUUGCGACUAUUGCCUCAGCGGCAUCACUCGAGAAGAGAUCAACCUACAGCGGUGUCGCUACUUUCAACAACUACGCCGCGCAGAGCAACACUGUAUGUGGUCCGAAGACCGGUGUCUCUGGCACGUAUGGAGUGGCCAUCGGUGAUCUUUCACCCAAUAUAUGGAGUGGCAACAAAUGCAGCGGGUCAAUUGACUAUUCUAAAUGUAACGGACAAAACCCCAUCUCUGGAUAUACUGGUCCAGCGUGUCCAACCACCACCUGCGGCAAGUGCUUUCAGGUUUGCAACGCCGGCGGAUACGGAGGCGCCUCUGUUGGUGGAGUUGGAAACUGCAUCAAAGUGAAUGUCAUUGACGCCUGCCCCUCUGAGUCUGCGUAUAAUUACUGCAAGACCGAUGUUCCGGCCGAUGAGAGAUGUGGCAGUAGUUCCACCAACGCAAUCGACAUUGAUGUUAGUAGCUAUUAUGCGCUCACUGGAAAGGGUUGGACAAGCAGUAGCCCAAAUCUCAAGGUCAACAUCAGCCCAUCCAGCUGCUAA